AUGGAACCAGACAAUGGCACAGAAGUUUCAGAAUUUAUUCUUCUGGGACUUUCACAGGCACUGGAACUGCAGCCUCUCAUAUUUGGGCUUUUCCUCUCCAUGUACCUGAUCAUUUUGUUUGGAAACCUGCUCAUCAUCCUGGCUGUCAGCUCAGACUCCCACCUCCACAUGCCUAUGUACUUCUUCCUCUCCAACCUGUCCUUGGUAGAUAUCUGUUUCACCUCCACCACCGUCCCAAAGAUGCUGUGGAACAUCCAGACACAGAGCAAAGUCAUCACCUAUGAAGGUUGUAUCGCUCAGAUAUAUUUUUAUAUCCUCUUUGCAGUGUUGGACAACUUUAUCCUGACCGUGAUGGCCUAUGACCGGUUUGUGGCCAUCUGCCACCCCCUGCACUACAUGGUCAUCAUGAACCCCCAGCUCUGUGGAUGGCUAGUUCUGGUGUGCUGGAUCAUGAGUGCCCUACAUUCCUUAUUACACAACUUAAUGAUUUUGGGUCUGCGCUUCUGCUCAGACUUGGAAAUCCCCCAGUUUUUCUGUGAACUCAAUCGGGUACUCCAACUUGCCUGUUCUGACACUUUUCUUAACAACAUUAUGAUUUAUUUUUUAACUCUGUUGCUGGGCUGUGGACCCCUUGCUGGAAUCUUUUACUCCUACUCUAGGAUCAUUUUCUCCAUACGUGCAAUCCCAUCAGCUCAGGGGAAGUAUAAGGCAUUUUCCACCUGUACAUCUCACCUCUUAGUUGUCACCUUAUAUUAUGGUUCAGUCCUAGGUGUUUACCUCAGCUCUGCUGCUUCCCAGAGCUCACACUCAAGUGCAGCAGCCUCGGUGAUGUACACCGUGGUCACACCCAUGCUGAACCCCUUCAUCUACAGUCUGAGGAACAAUGACAUAAAGAGGGCCCUGGAAAGAUUCUUUGGCAGGUAA